AUGGCUUCAACGUCAUUGCUGCUAUCCCUCCCCGACGAGGUUCUCCUCCAGAUCGUGGGCCAUCUGACGCCGCCGCUCGAUGGCCUCGAUAUCCCGUUCCAGGCCUACACCGACCCAGAUGGCGUCGUCGUCACAAACCGCGUCGCCCUUUACCGACUCGCCUUUGUAUGUCGUCGCUUGUCCGAUCUGGCCAUCCCCCAUCUGUACCAGACCGUCUAUCUCUGGGGCCAGACCCGGCUUCAAUCACUGCUCCAGACUCUGCUUGAGCGUCCUGAGUUGGGCGAGAACAUGCGCAUCCUUUCCUACGUCUCUUGUCUGGGCACAGAUCACUAUCCCACCGACGUUCUCUGCCCCUAUAAGCGCACCCAAUGGCGCCGCCUGGUAGAUGCCUCGCCGCGCUUCCCAGAUCGCAUCAAGACUGCAGUGCGUGACGCCAAGACGGAGCUCGAAUUCGCCCAGAUCGUCUUUGCUCUCGUUCUCUACUCUUCACCGAACCUGCGUACCCUGCACAUGCGCAUGCCCUUCGCCGCCGGGGAGUAUCAGAAGCUCAAGGCCAUCCUCACGCCCGACAUCGAACCCGCCGAAGGCUCCCCCCGCGUCUUGGGUUCCCUCACUCGCGUCAUGCUCGAGCCCAUGCCCGACUUCCCUGGAGCGAGCUUCUGGCCCCGUCGUGAACUGCCGUGCCUCCUGCGGCUGCCCAAUUUACGCUCCGUCGAGCUCGGCUCCGCUGUUUUCCGGCCCGCCGUCCUCGAGCCUGGCGACGGCUGGGGCGACGAUGGCAGUUGGAAGAACGUUGAGGAGAUUCGUCUUGUCCGCAGUAGCAUGUGGGGCCAAGGCUGGCAUGCCAUCUGCGCCCUCUGCCCCAACCUGAAGCGUCUCGAAAUGGGUCCCUCUGGUGUUGCCGAGCAGGCCGCCGACGGUGUACACAACCUCAACACGGCACUGUCUCUUGUUUCCGAAACUCUUGAAACCUUCUCGUUCGAGGGCAUCCUGGCCGGCAAUUUUUCUCAGCAUAUUGGCGGAGACGGCACCCUCACCUGCCUGCCCAAGAUGACGGCCCUGCGCAAUGUCAAGAUUGAUAUUGGCAUUUUGUACGGCAAACCCCAGAGCGUGGAAACUAUCGACAUCCGUCACCGCCUUCCGUUGUCGUUGGAGAUCCUCGAUCUGGCUGAACUCUGGCAUGACGUGGAGGUUGACCAGCUUUCGCGCAAGGAGCGCUCCAAGUACGAACGGGGCCUGCAAGAUACUUUGCACAAGCUCGUCUUCGAGACUAAAGACAUAUUGCCCAAUCUGAAAGAGAUUACCUUCCGGCCUAACCCUUUUUACGACCCAUUUCCGAUUCCAGAGGCUCUUACGUCCUGCGCUUCUGAUAUUAGUUUCAAGCUCGUCUACUAG